AUGUGUCUUUCUUUCUCUCUCUCUCUCUCUUUCUCUUUUCAUCCUCAUUCGUGUUCUUUUACUCUCAUUCUCUCAGCACUUUCGUGUUUUUCAUUACUCGCUCGUAACUUUCUCUUUCUCUCCUCGUUCGUGUUAAUCUCCUUCUUCGUUCGUGUCUUUCUCUCUCCUCAUUCGUAUCUCUAUCUCUCUCACUUCUUGUUUGUGUCUUUAUCUGUCUCCUCGUUCGAGUUUUUCUCUCUGUCGCUACUCGUUCGUGUCUUUAUUUCUCUCCCUAUUCCUUCAUGCCUUUCUCUAUGUCCUUUCUCGUUCGUAUAUUUCUCUCUUACACGACUCGUUCGUCUCUUCGGUCGUGACUUCUCUCUCUCCCCCUUCUCCUUCGUGUCUUCUCUCUCCCCCUUCUCCUUCGUGUCUUCUCUCUCCCUCCUUUCUCCUUCGUGUCUUUCUCUCCCUCCUUUCUCCUUCGUGUCUUUCUCUCCCUCCUUUCUCCUUCGUGUCUUUCUCUCCCUCCUUUCUCCUUCGUGUCUUUCUCUCCCUCCUUUCUCCUUCGUGUCUUUCUCUCUCCCCCUCGUCAUUCGUGUCUUUCUUUCUUUCUCUCGCUCCUCUUUCGUGUCUAUUUCUCUCUUCUUUCUCGUGUCGCUUUCACCCUCCUCUUUCGUGUUUCUCUCUACUUGCUUGAUUUUGAUGUCAUGA